GUCUGUGCGCUCGCGAUGUGAGGCUGCAGAGAGAGAGGCGCGCGCACGCUCGCUCCUUCAAACAAAGAGACCCGUCAACAUCAUCAACGGUGCACCAGCAGAACCCAUUCCAGCAAGGCCGAGAAGAAUCAUGAGUGCAAACGGAACCAGCGACAUGCUCCAGAUCCAAUUCGGACUGAUCAACUGUGGGAACAAAUACCUCACAGCUGAAACGUUCGGCUUCAAGAUCAAUGCAUCAGCCACCAGCAUGAAGAAGAAACAGAUCUGGACCUUGGAGCAGAACGGCGACGACUCGAACACCUUCUACCUGAAGAGCCAUCUGGGGAGAUACAUCGCGGCUGACAAAGACGGCAACGUGACGGGUGACAGCGAGACCCCGAGCGAGGACUGUCGGUUCGUGAUCACUGCACAUGAUGAUGGGCGCUGGUCGCUGCAGUCUGAGCCUCACAAGCGCUACCUGGGCGGCACCGAGGACAGAAUCACCUGCUUCGCUCAGACCAUCUCCAUCGCAGAGAAAUGGAGCGUGCACAUUGCCAUGCACCCCCAGGUCAACAUAUUCAGCGUCACAAGAAAAAGAUACGCGCACCUGAGCACCGAGCAGAGCGAGAUCGCCAUUGAUCGAGACGUUCCCUGGGGCGUCGAUUCCCUCAUCACCUUGGUCUUCCAGGACCAGAGAUACCACUUACAGACAUCUGACAACCGGUUCCUGAAGAACGACGGAAGCCUGUCCCCAAACCCUGACAAGAACACGGGGUACACGCUGGAGUUCAGGUCCGGGAAGGUUGCCUUCAGAGACUGCACUGGGAAGUACCUGGCUCCCUCUGGUCCCAGUGGAACCAUGAAGUCCGGCAAGAGCUCGAAGGUUGGCAAAGACGAGCUUUUUGUUCUGGAGCAGAGCCACCCUCAAGUGGUCCUCACCGCUGGCAACGACAGGAAUGUGUCCACCAGGCAAGGCAUGGACCUCUCGGCCAACCAGGAUGAAGAAGGUGACCAGGAGACUUUCCAGAUGGAAAUCAGUAAGGACACGAAGCAGUGUGCCUUCAGGACCUGCACUGGCAAAUACUGGACCCUCACAGCUAAUGGUGGCCUUCAGUGCACUGCCUCUACGAAGUCUGCUAACUGCUACUUUGACAUUGAGUGGCGUGGGAAGAAGAUAACCCUGCGUGCCAACAAUGGAAAAUAUGUGGCUGCCAAAAAGAACGGACAGCUGGCUGCCACUAUUGACACAGCAGGUGAGACCGAGGAGUUCCUGAUGAAGCUCAUCAAUAGGCCCCUCAUCGUGCUGAGAGGGGAGCAUGGCUUCAUUGGCUGCAGGAAGGUGACCGGCACCCUGGACUCCAACCGCUCCUCAUAUGAUGUCUUUGGGUUGGAGUUCAGAGAUGGAGCCUAUAGCUUGCGAGACUCCACAGGGAAAUACUGGAUGGUGGGCAGUGAGUCGAACGUGCUCAGCAGUAGCGACACCCCGGUGGACUUCUUCCUCGAGUUUUGCGACUACAACAAAGUGGCUAUCAAGUCACCUGAGGGGAAGUAUCUGAAGGGCGAUCACGCAGGUGUUCUGAAGGCCAACGCCGACGAUCUGGACACCUCCACUAUGUGGGAGUACUAAAAACACUUGCAUAACCACUGUGGCUUUUUCUUUCCAGUUUUUCCCUUUCUGUUAUGCAUUUUGAAUAUGGUUUUUGAAUACGAGUGAGCACACAGGCCCAUAGCAGAGAGAAACCCAAGGGGAAGGGUCUUACUUCUAGUCACGUAUACUCGAUUCUGUCUAAAUACUUCAGGGUUUGUGUGCCACAGCAUUACCGCUGUGUUGUGCGGUUUUCAUUGAUGACAAGUGGCCAAAACUGGGACUUCUGGGACUAAACUGGCAUCCAAAUUUAUGUUUUGUGGUUUAGCACAUCUAAUGUCAUCUCUUAAUCUGUCAUACUAAUCGACAAGUCGCUUCAGUCUCUGGAAGAUCGACUAUGCUUGGCAAUCCCAGCACCACACAUUGAGCCACAGGAUUUUGAUGUACCGGAUUGUAGCGUGAUCCCUCUUCCUAGUCUUUGCACAGUCCUGUAUCGCACUCUUAAUAUUAACACAGAGCAAAAUAUGUUAUUAUUGAUAUUGAGCUAUUGAUGAUGUAAUGCUUCCCACUGUAUUGCCAGUCAUAAGUACCUACCCUCAUGACCCGAGGACUAAGGCAAUAUUUAGAGGUAAAUGUAUGAAUGUUUCGUUUUUUUUUCUUUCCGUACACUUGACAAGAGUUAUGAAGGAAGCUCUCAGGCCACUGAAAAGGCAAGGAGCUCAACUGUUUUGUUUUGUUUUGGUGUUUGAAGUACCGCAGUGCUUCGUGUACUGCCAAACGAUCUUGUGCCAUUAGAAUUAAUUUUAAUGUUUAAAAACAGGAAAUCCAAGAGAACUGGAUUGGUAACGUACAGUCCCUCAUCUCACAAUUAGGGUUACGC